GCCAACCGCUUAAGGCUUUGUACACCUAGGUAUUAGGCAGUAUGCAUGUGAGAGAUUGGAAGGGAGUGGGAGAAGAUCCGGAUCCGGAUCCGAUUGGGUUUUAGUUAGGGUCAGCUGUGUCAAAACUUGGACAUGGCACAUAGCAAGUGAAACAUUUACAACCAACAUCUCUCUGCCUCGUUGCUCUCCGUGCUCGGAAGAAAAUCAAAAAAACCAACAAUAAGAAUUCCGCGAAAGAACUCGGCAACGGUUGCAAAUUUUCAAAUGGCUACCAUUGUAAGCACAACGGCUUUACUCCAACCCAAUGCACCCUAUCUCAGGUAUUCUCAUUACUUCUGCUGCUUCGCUUUCGUCUCGAACGCUAACCCUAGAACAACCCAAACCCUAGAAAUUUCUUUUAAAGAUAGAGCAGAAGAGACACAUAUAUCGACAUCUGUGACUGAUUCUUUCGUGGUAGAAAAGAUCUUAUUGAAUUUAAAACGAGGAAAGCUCAAUUCAUUCCGCCAUCUCUCAUCCAGUUUGAAUCCCUCGGUUGUUGUCGAGGUACUGUACAAAUGUUGCUCAAAUUUGUUAUUAGGUCAGAAGUUCAUAGAUUUAUUAGCAACUAAUCCCACUUUCAAGCACUCAUCCUACUCAUUGAGUGCGAUGAUUCAUAUCUUAGUUAGGAGUAGGAGGAUAUCUGAAGCUCAGGUUUUAAUUCUUAAAAUGGUUCGAAAGAGUGGUGUUUCAAGGUUUGAAAUUGUGGAUUCGCUUGUGUCUACUUAUCAGAAUUGUGAUUCGAACCCGCUGGUUUUUGAUCUUCUGAUUAGGACUUAUGUCCAAGCAAGGAAACUAAGGGAAGCUUCUGAAGCAUUUCGGAUAUUGAAAAGUAGAGGUUUUACUCCUCCUAUAAAUGCUUGCAAUAGCCUUCUCGGAGGGUUGGUUAAAAUUGACUGGAUUGAUAUGGCAUGGGGAAUCUAUGGUGAUGUAAUUGGUAGAGGAAUUCAAGUGAAUGUUUAUACACUAAAUAUCAUGGUCCAUGCAUUAUGUAAAGGAGGGAAGACCGAAAAUGCCAAUAUGUUUUUAUCUGAAAUGGAAGGGAAGGGUGUUUUCCCUGAUACUGUGACUUAUAAUAUUCUAAUCAAUGCACUUUGUCGUGAUAGGCAAUUCGAAGAAGCUCUCAAGUUGAUGGACUCAAUGUCGGCCAAAGGGUUAAGGCCUGGCAAUGUCACUUAUAAAGCAAUUAUAAACGGUGCCUGUAAGAACGGAAAAUAUGUGAGAGCAAGGGAGAUUCUGAGUGAGAUGUUGAUGAUUGGGUUGAGUCCUGGUACAUCCACAUAUAACAUAUUGCUGGGGGAAUGUUGUCGAAAGAAUGAUGCUACUGCUGCUGAAGAAAUGUAUAAUGAAAUGUUACAACAGGGUCAUGCUCCUGAUUUAGUUAGCUUUAGCUUGCUGAUUGGGUUAUUUUCCAGGAGAGGUGAGCUUGACCAGGCUUUGUCAUAUUUUAGAGGAAUGAAGGGCUCUGGCUUGGUUCCAGACAGUGUGGUUUAUACUAUGCUUAUUGGAGCUUUUUGUAGAAAUGGGAUCAUAACAGAGGCUCUUAAGCUGCGGGAUGAAAUGGUGGAGCAAGGUUGCCCUCCAGAUGUUGUGACAUACAAUACAAUUUUGAAGGGGUUUUGCAAGGAAGGGAGAUUAUCCGAUGCUUAUGAUGUUUUCAAUGAGAUGGCGGAGAGGGGGAUAUAUCCUGAUUAUUAUACUUUUACCACACUUAUUCAUGGCUACUGUAAGGAUGGAUAUGUAGAUAAAGCAGUAGCCUUGUUUGAGACAAUGAUUCAUAGGAGUAUCAAGCCAGACAUUGUAACCUACAAUACUUUGAUUGAUGGAUUCUGCAAGAAAGGUGACAUGGACAAGGCUAGUGAGUUAUGGGAUGGUAUGAUAUCUAAAGGAAUUUUUCCUAGUCACAUUUCUUACAGCAUUUUAAUUAAUGGGCUCUGUAGUAAAGGAAAUGUCACCAAUGCAUUGAGAUUGUGGGAUGAGAUGGUCGAAAAAGGAAUUGAGCCCAAUCUUGUGACUUGUAAUUCGAUUAUUAAAGGUUAUUGCCGAUCUGGAGGUGCUGCUAAAGCUGAUGAGUUCGUGAACAAGAUGAUUGCAAAAGGGAUAGUUCCUGAUAACAUUACAUAUAAUACUCUGAUUCAUGGUUUUGUGAGAGAGGAAACUAUACAGAGGGCUUAUGGCUUGGUUGAUAAAAUGGAAAGUCAGGGGCUCUUACCUGAUGUCAUUACGUACAAUGUGCUCGUGAAUGGGUUCUGUGGAGAGGGUAGAAUGCAAGAGGCAGAUAUGAUAUUCAGGAAGAUGAUUGAUAGAGGUGUAAAACCUGAUAAAUCUACAUAUACAUCAUUGAUAAACGGGCACGUUGCUGAUGACAACUUAAAAGGGGCGUUCCGACUUCAUGACCAAAUGCUGCUAAUGGGUUUUGUGCCAGAUGAUAAGUUCUAAGAUCAUUUUUCUCGUUUAUAUAAAGACAUACAGUUGCAGCCAUUAUAAUUGGAUUAAAUGGAGGCUGACAAAGAGAACAAGGGAGAAGAGUGCAUUAGAGGUUGGACAGAAGACUAACAAGGUAUUACUAGAACCAGGAAGUAUUGCCACAUUGCUGAAUGAAUGCAGGAUUACCAUGUCAUCGCAAUUGUCAUAUUCUUAGGGGAAAUGAAUUCCCAUGAUUUUUCCCCACGUUGAAGCCUGUUCAACAUGAAAUACAAGAUGAAGUGAAGAGAAUGACGACUGAGCCUGUGUCCCUUCUUCUACCUCGUGGCACUAAAUGAAAGUGGAUUCUGAUCUGGCCCCAGCAAAACCGACAUUUAUUGCUUCUUGCAGUGCCUUUUGUCCAAAGGAACCUCCCUUUCUUAAGAAUGCUAAUUAUGGAUUCACUAUUAUCAGAGUCAACUCUUUAUAACCUGAGCUCUAGGACCCUAGGUAACCCUCAAAAUUUUUUAUUGAUCCAUCAAGAACGUAAGUAAGCAGACAGCUGGGCUGGGGGUGGGGGAAGGGGAGAGUUCCACCGUUAACCCUAACCUGAAAUAUGUGACACAGGUUCACUAACAAUAUCCCCAAGACCAAAUACUAGAAGAUCAUUUGAACCCACUUACAAGCUAAACUCUCUUUUAUUAAGAAUGCCAAUUAUGGAUUCUCUAUUAUCAGAGUCAACUCUUUAUACCUGAGCUCUAGGACCCUAGGUAACCCCCAAAAUUUUUUAUUGACCCAUCAAGAACAUAAGUAAGCAGACAGCCGGCAGGGGGUGGGGGAAGGGGAAACUUCCACCCUUAACCGUAACUUGAAAUCUGUGACACAGGUGCACUAACAAUCUCCCUAAGACCAAACACUAGAAGAUCAUUUGAACCCACUUACAAACUAAAAGUCUCUUCUUAUGAACCACCUGCACAGCAUCCUAGCUUACACAUUUAUUUUUGCAGGCGUAUAAUCAUAGAAUCACAUUCAACUUUUAUAUGAAAAUCAAUCUGCAAUGCAAGUAAAAUGCCACCAACUACAGCUCUCGUCUCUUACAACUAAGUUCUGAUGAUAUUCUUUGCGAGUCUUCCUGUCCUUUUCCUAAAAGCAAGUAGAAAUACUGAGUUGCAAAUUUAAUCAAGUAAACAGUGAUCCAAUACUCAACCCAAAUAAAAAUUUAGGAGAAUAGCAAUAAGCUGCUGAUAUUCAUAAGAAUUGAUAGAAAAAUUACAAUGCUUUGUUUUGUAGACUAAUUAUAGACCACGGUGGAGGCUGAAAUGGCUUACUAAUUGACUGAAGUAAGAUGAUCUCUUAUCAAGAGCAAAACAGAGAAACAAUAAAAAGGGCGUACCCAUUCCACAUGACUCCUGCCACAGCGAUGUCUGCGGAGUGUCAUAAUUUAUGCAAAAGAAUAGUAAAAAUAGAAACUGAAAUCUAGUUGGUCAUUAGACCUAACAGCUUGUCAGCUUACGACUAGACCUGGAACUUCUCCUAGAUUCUCUCCUCUGAACUGAAACCACUUCUAAUGACUUUCCCUCCUAAAAAUGAUUCUGGUGAGUGAGGUCAAUCGACCAUCGUCCUAACCAGCUGCCUCCUAUGCUUUGUUUUCUAGCAAGUAUUUAUAAGUAGUGUUUCAAAUCUAGAGAUUACUUGUAUUGUGGCAACUAUUAAGGAAGGUAGAAUUUGGUUUCUAGUGAUGGCAGAAUAAUUGAAAAGCAAGUACACUUGUUGGCACUCUAUAGAACUAUGGAUUAGUUUUCAUCACAAGCUGCACUUCUAAUUCAAUUCUUUCGAAGUGGCUUGAUUUAUCUUUUGACUGAGCUACUCAAGGUACACUCCGGAUUCUCACAAAUAAGAAUCAAUAACUUUUCAGGUCAAACCAAGUAAUUAACUGCAUGAAAAGGACAGGAACAUGUUCUAUAAGUUGACCCAAAUUUUGAAUCAGCUUAACCCUAGAAUUAUUUCUGCAGAUGAAACGACAAAGAUAGUCUGAAUGUGCACUUUUUGUGACAUCAUAGUCCUAUUAGAAAAUUGAGUAUGGAUGUGCACUUUUUGUUGGUCACUGAUUAUCUC